GGCGGCGGCGGGGAGGGGAGAGGCUGUGAGAGGCGAGGCCGGGUGAGGCGGCCAGGGCGGCCCGACGGACGCGGGACGGGACGGGGCAGCGCGGGCGCCGGGAGCCGCGGCCCGGAGUCGGGGCGCUUCGCCCCGGGCCCCCCAGCAUGAAGACCCCGGCGGACACAGGGUUCGCCUUCCCGGAUUGGGCCUACAAGCCGGAGUCAUCCCCCGGCUCCAGACAGAUCCAGCUGUGGCACUUCAUCCUGGAGCUGCUGCGGAAGGAGGAGUACCAGGGCGUCAUCGCCUGGCAGGGGGACUACGGCGAGUUUGUCAUCAAGGACCCUGACGAGGUGGCCCGGCUGUGGGGCGUCCGCAAGUGCAAGCCGCAGAUGAAUUACGACAAGCUGAGCCGGGCGCUGCGCUACUACUACAACAAGCGUAUUCUACACAAGACCAAGGGGAAGCGGUUCACCUACAAGUUCAACUUUAACAAACUGGUGCUGGUUAAUUACCCUUUUAUCGACGUGGGGUUGGCUGGAGGUGCGGUGCCCCAGAGUGCCCCACCAGUGCCGUCAGGUGGCGGCCACUUCCGCUUCCCUCCCUCGACGCCCUCCGAGGUGCUGUCCCCCACCGAGGACCCCCGCUCACCACCAGCCUGCUCCUCCUCCUCGUCCUCUCUCUUCUCGGCGGUGGUGGCCCGCCGCCUGGGCCGUGGCUCUGUCAGUGACUGCAGUGAUGGCACAUCGGAGCUGGAGGAGCCGCUGGGAGAUGAUCCCCGCGCCCGACCACCUGGGCCUCCAGAGCUGGGGGCCUUCCGAGGGCCGCCCUUGGCCCGCUUGCCCCAUGACCCCGGUGUCUUCCGCGUCUACCCUAGGCCCCGGGGUGGCCCUGAGCCCCUGAGCCCCUUCCCUGUGUCACCUUUGGCGGGGCCUGGCUCCCUGCUGCCCCCUCAGCUCUCCCCAGCUCUGCCCAUGACGCCCACCCACCUGGCCUACACACCUUCGCCCACGUUGAGCCCCAUGUACCCCAGUGGUGGUGGAGGCCCCAGCGGCUCAGCAGGAGGCUCCCACUUCUCCUUCAGCCCCGAGGACAUGAAGCGGUAUCUGCAGGCGCACACCCAGAGCGUCUACAACUACCACCUCAGCCCCCGCGCCUUCCUGCACUACCCCGGCCUCGUGGUGCCGCAGCCCCAGCGUCCUGACAAGUGCCCGCUGGCGUCCAUGGCACCUGAGACUUCGCCGGUCCCCUCCUCAUCCUCAUCCUCUUCUUCCUCCUCCUCCUCCCCAUUCAAGUUUAAGCUCCAGCCACCCCCGCUGGGACGCCGGCAGCGGGCAGCUGGCGAGAAGGCUACUGCGGGCGCUGACAAGGGCGCAGCUGGCGGUGGCAGUAGCAGCAGCAGCGGCAGCAGUGGCAGCAGUAGUGGGCUGGCUGAGGGAGUUGGUGCGUUGGCCCCGCCACCCCUGCCGCCACCGCCACCACCACAGAUCAAGGUGGAGCCCAUCUCGGAGGGCGAGUCGGAGGAGGUGGAAGUGACUGACAUCAGUGAUGAGGAGGAGGAAGAUGGGGAGGUGUUCAAGACACCCCGUGCCCCACCUGCGCCCCCUAAGCCCGAGCCUGGCGAGGCUUCCUUGGGGGGCGCCCAGUGCAUGCCCCUCAAGCUGCGCUUUAAGCGGCGCUGGAGUGAAGACUGUCGCCUGGAGGGGGGUGGCUGUCCUGCAGGGAGCCUGGAGGACGAGGGUGAGGACAAGAAGGUGCGCGGGGAGGGUCCUGGGGAGGCAGGGGGCCCCCUCACGCCCAGGCGGGUGAGCGCUGACCUCCAGCACGCCACAGCCCAGCUAUCCCUGGAACAUCGAGAUUCCUGAGGGCUGUGGCUUGGGGGACCCCAGGGUCUCCUCUUCCCUCCCCCCAAAAGCUUUUGCUGCCUUAACCCCCACCCCCUCACCCCCCAACAUACCCGGGAGGUGAGGGCAGCCUCUCUGGGUUUCCCUGUCCCCUCCUUUUUUCUCCUCUACAUUUUGUAUAAAAUUUAAUUUUUUUUUAAGUGAUGGGGUGGGUGGGUGCCCAGGGCUGGGGACUGUUUCUCCUUGUGGAUGUAUGAGGUUCAGACACGGUGGUGGGGGGAGGGUGGGAGUUGUGGGGGGUUACCUCCAUCGUGGAGGGGAGUUUGUGUUGGAACUGAGGCUUUGGCCUUGGCGCCCAGAAUUUUUUUUUUUUUUUACAAUCUCUUAGGAAGUCAGAGCCUUCUCCCUCCUCUUCCCUCCCUGGUCUCUGCCUCUUGAACCUGCUCCUCAACUCCAGCCCUACUUUCCCCUUGCCCCUCCAGGGGCCCCCGAGUGCCUGGGUUCCCCAUACCCCAACAAGGUGGCAGCAGGGGAGGGACAAAUUCUAUGAUGAACCAAAAAUUCUGUUGCUGGUGGGGGAGGGCUGGGUGGGGGGGAAGUAGGGUGAGGGUACCUCCAUGGGCCACAAGUGUCUCAAGUGCCUACUGUCCCUGUCCCCACCCUAGCACUGGUCCAACCCCUUUGCCUCCAGCUGCUCCAAGGACUGGCCCCGUGGAUGGGGGUGGUGGUAGGGGGGAUGGGAAGGGGCUGUCCCAAACCAAACUGGAAGCCCCCCUCUGCCCCCCAGUGGGCCCCUGGGUGGGGUGGGAGGAGUUCUGGUCAAGCCUUAUUCUGUAUUGAGGGUUGGGGUUGGGGGAGGGGGAGGGAAGUAGGGGGAAACUUCUGGAGAAUGUAUUCAAAACAAUAAAACUUUGGACCUUUGGA